ACUGUCCACUUCCUCAAAUUUAUCUUUACAAGAAGAUCCAAAAGUAAGAAUACGUUCUUUCUAAGUGGAACUAUAGACAAUGAAUCCAGAAUGAUGCUGCUGCUGAUCCUGUUGUUGAAUAUUACAGUUUCAGUGUCAGGUAUCCAGAACCUGAAAAUGUCAUGCAGUCAUGAGAAGACCUGUGCUCUGAGGGACUCAUCUGUAAACCUGAAGUGCUCUUACUCAAAUAUCAACAUCAUCACUGGAUUCUGGUUCAGCUUCAAGGACAAGGCUAAAUGGAGGGAGGAGGAACAUCCAGAGGAUUUAGCUUUAGACUCCGACUACGCCGGACGUGUGAACUACACAGAGAUGACAAACUCAAGAUCGACUCUUACAAUAACAGAUCUGAGAGAGAGAGACGCGGGGGAAUAUCGCUUCAUGCUCAUUACGGAUAAAGGAGAGAAAUACGUGAGCUCAGCUGGAGUUACUCUGACAGUUACAGAUCUGCAGGUGAUCCGUGACUACAAAAAUCAAGCUCUAAUCUGCCACACUUCCUGUCAUCUAACCUUUGCUGCUAAUGUGUACUACUGGUACAAGGAUCAACAAUACAUACAGGAUAACAAAGACACCCAGGGAACUUUCCCUUUAAGCAAUGAUGAAGAAGUCAGUUACUCCUGCUCUGUUCACGGCUAUAACGAGAUUCGAGCUCCUUCUCUUUGUGUUGGAAGGAGCUGUAUGAGGGUGACCUACCCAGACAAGAGAGUCUGUGUUUUGGAAGGGUCUUCAGUGGAAAUUGCUGGAAAUUACAUGCUUUCCAGUGGACAGAGUGUUAAAGAAGUAUUCUGGCAUUCUUCUAAGGACUUCAAGGACCUGAUGCAUGAGUUUACUAAUCGAGUUGAAUAUGUGAAGCAAGACAGAAACUGCACUCUGAAAAUGAACCAGCUGAGAAAGAACGAUUCUGGAGAAUAUCGGCUUAGAGUAGUUUAUACAUCUAACCGAUUAUCUGGUAGACCUGGAGUGGUUCUUAUUGUUACAGACCUGCAGGUAAGACUGAGUCACUAUGCAGGGUCAUCAGAAGAACGGACGACAGUAACGCUGAGCUGCAUCACGUCCUGCACUCUGUCCAACAGCCCCACUUACCUGUGGUACAAGAACGGACAGCCUGUUACUGAUAAACUCACCAAACACAACAAACUCUACCUCUUCUUCAGCGAAGAUGCAGGGAACUACUCCUGUGCUGUGAAAGGACGUGAGGAUCUUCGCUCUCCUGAACAAACUGUUAGACAGAACCAAGCUGUAGUGUGGAAGCUGUAUGCUGUAUGGGGAGCUGCUGCUGCACUUGUUCCUGCUCUGCUUCUCUCUCUUCUUAUCACCGUCCUGUGUGUUAAGAGGAAGAAAAGAGCAGAAAGAGACACUCAGUGUGUUCCAACGCCUGGAGAUGACACAUACACAGCGCUGAACCUCAUGACUGUGUCCCCAGAAUAUGACACACUGCAAAAUAUUAAAAGCUCUGCCAGUGACACUUACACCACCCUGAACCCUGCAACCAUGUGCUCUGAUUAUGAUACACUGAGGAAGUGAAACAACCUGCAACCACAGUCUCUGGGAGUAAGUGUGUACUCUUUAAGUGUGUUUUUGUGCAAAAGGAUGUUUGUUUAAGGAUUGAAGUUGCAAAAAGAAUUUUUGUCUCAUGUAAGAGUCAUUCAUUUGUGUCUGUUCACUCGGUUCUGUAAUGUUGACUAAAAUUGUUGUUAAUGUCUUUGUAUUUAGAUAUUUAAACAUUUCCUCAGUCCUCAGUCCUCAGCAUUUGUUAUUUUUAUUAUGUUUAGUUUUUUUUGUUUAUAUGUUUAGUCUUGUAAACUAGAAUAAAAUGAUGAUAAAGUAAGGAAUACACACCUCCCUGGACAGAAAUUUUAUUUUGCCUGAUGUUUUACUGUCCAAUGUUUAAAAUCUUUCUAUGUACAAGAAUAAAAUUGAGCUUAUGGGCAUUUUGGCAGGACAGAAUGAUGUACACUUUUGAAAUUAUAACUGUGUUUUUAUACAGCAGCAUCUUAAAGUGUUAAAAAAAUAAAGGUUGCAGAUGUUGUCAAGACCACUAGCAGAUCAAGUUCCUCUCUGGCAUCCACCAGACUCCAACACCAGGCCCUUCUCAAGCAGAAUGUAGAGGAGGAGCAGCACUUCAAGUCUUCGCCAGCUGGGGACGCCGCUCCACUAUGGAGUUUCUGUGGAGGAUGUCGCUCUGCAUCUCGGGUGUAAGACGCUUCCCUUACGUCUCAUGUACGUGUCAGAUGCCACUGUAUCCCCAGGAUCUGGGGCACCACUGUAGACUGCAGUUAUGAACUAUGUCAUGCCUUGGAUCUCCCCUCUUGGACUGCACCUGCCAUCUAUGCCUGGGUCGUCCUUCAGAUAUGCUGGAGGCGCUUCAGGAGCCGUGCCUUAGAGGGGGGACUAUGUCAGGAACCACUGGAUAGUUCCCUGCCAGGCCUGGAGAGGGUGCUGGCAGGUGAUUCUAUGAAGCCUGCUUUAUUGUGUGUAUUUUGUGCCACGCCUUUCCUAUUGUUCUCGUUCCUGCUGUUUCACCUGUUCUCUAUUAGCCUUAAUGUUUAGCCCUAUAAAUAGGGAUCCUUUUGUACCUGUCCUUGUCGGCUAUUGUUCUAUGUUCAUUGCUUUGUAUGUUAGGUUUUGUUUUGUUAGCGUUAUGUCUAAUGUUUAGGUUAAUCUUCCCCAAGUCUCGUGUUUAUGUUAAUAAAGCAGCACUUAUUUGAAUCCUGCAUCUGGGUCUGUCUCCAUAGCGUGUCGCGGCGCUCAGCAACCACAGAGAUCCGGCAUGUUACAGCUGUAUUAUCUGUUUUACUCUCUUUUUUUAUUUUUUUUUCACUAAAAGUGCAUUUUAUUUAACUGAAAUAUAGCAUGAAAGGUUUUUUUUGGUAGGAAAUAUUAUCAAUGCUUUGUACUGUUUUCUGUCAGUUUGGUUUCUAGACCUGUAAUAAAUGCUAUAAUUGCUUUGAAAAGAAAAGAAAAGAAAAGAAAAGGACGAGAAAAAAAUUGUUUUA